GGCCAAUGGCAACAUAGCACAGGACCCCAAACACACAUGCACACGCUUCCUAUCAAGAUGAAAAGAGGCCUACUAGUACUUUGGUCCCUGUUCUGCCUCUGUGUGACAAACACAGCUUCUGGCAACAAGCCCAAACACCCUCUUGAGUUUGAUCAAUUGGAAAUAUUCAGGAAAUAUGUUCCCGCAAAACAGCAUGCAUCUGCGAGCAAGAGCCCUUCUAGUUCUACGGUGCAUGGUGGCUCACAAAAUUAUCAGCGAGAGAGGGAUAAGAUCAUAGCAAUGCCAGGCCAGAUGGAGGAAGUGGAAUUCGAACAAUAUGCAGGAUAUGUCACGGUGGAUGCAAUUGCUGGAAGGGCUUUGUUCUACUAUUUUGCUGAGGCUCCUCAAGAUCCUUCCAAGAAACCACUAGUCCUAUGGCUGAAUGGAGGCCCUGGUUGUUCAUCCUUUGGAGCUGGAGCCAUGCUAGAACUCGGACCCUUCUCUGUCCAUAGUGACAACAAGACACUGUACAAGAAAAAACAUGCAUGGAACACAGUAGCGAAUAUGCUGUUUGUUGAGAUCCCAGCUGGAGUUGGGUACUCAUACUCCAACACGACAUCAGACUAUCACAACACUGGUGACAAAAGAAGCACAGAUGAUGCGUACACCUUCCUUGUCAAUUGGCUCGAGAGAUUUCCCGAGUACGGAGACCGUGAUUUCUUCAUAACCGGAGAGAGCUAUGCUGGCCACUAUGUACCAGAGCUAGCUAAUUUGAUUAUUUCUAACAACAGGGCCAGAAACGCGACUAGUGUCAAGCUCAAAGGUGUUGCUAUCGGCAACGCAGACUUGCAAUACAAUUUGACUCUAAGAGCAACAUUUGACUACUUCUGGAUGCAUGCUAUGAUUUCUGGAAAAACCUACAGGACUGUCCAGGCCAACUGUGGCUUCAACGGGACAUAUACUAAAGAUUGUGAUAAUGCCAUGGACUUAGCCAUAAAGGAAAAGGGUGACGUUGAUGACUACAACAUCUAUGCACCAAUAUGCCGUGAUGCGUCCAGUCCUCUCAGAUCAAGUGACCCGGUGGUGUUCGGUGAUCCCUGCACAAAUCACUAUGUCUCAUCUUAUCUAAAUCGUCCUGAGGUCCAAAGAGCCCUACACGCAAACACAACAGGGUUGAACUACCCAUGGAUGGAUUGCAGUCAACAUGUAUUCGAUAACUGGAAAGAUUCACCGGAGACCGUGCUGCCAUCGAUCAAGAAACUCAUUUCAAGUGGCACAAGGGUAUGGCUGUACAGUGGUGAUAUGGAUGCAGUAUGCUCUGUGACCUCGACCCAAUACGCACUGGACGUUCUUGACCUGCCCACAGAAACAUCUUGGCGCCCAUGGCGCGUCGACAAUGAGGUUGCCGGCUAUGUGGUUGGGUACAAGGGCCUGGUGUUUGCAACAGUGAAAGGAGCAGGGCACAUGGUCCCUUACUAUCAGCCCCGCAGGGCCCUAGCGCUAUUCUCAUCCUUCCUAGAAGGAAAGCUUCCACCACAAUGGUCCAAUUGUUAGGAAUAAAUUAACACAUGACUAUUGUAACGGUUGUUAGCGAAUGGGUGUGUCCGACCCAUGCAGUCGUGUCCCUUCUCUCUCUUAAUAUAUACUCGGGAAACGCUUACCAUC